AUUACCACCCCCCAAUCCCCUGAAAUCCAAUCCUCCUCCCAAACUUUCCGCGCCACCAUGAACUCCUCCACCACCUCCUCCUCCUCCUCUCCCAACACUGACACCCACGACAUCAUGUUCGAAUUCCCCGGCGCCAUCCGCCUUUACCGGAGCGGUCGCGUGGAGCGACUAUUCCACGACGAGCUCGUUCCCCCUUCCGCCGAUCCAGUAACAUGCGUCCAAUCCAAAGACGUCACCAUUAACCCCACCACCGGCCUCUCCGCUCGCCUCUACCUCCCACUAUCCGCCAUCACAAUCCCCAAGAAGCUCCCUAUCGUUAUCUCCAUCCACGGCGGCGGCUUCUGCCUCGUGCACUCUUCCUCUUCCAUCUACCAUAACUACAUGAACUCCCUCACCGCUAAAGCCGGCGUUCUCUCUGUCUCAAUAAAUUACCGCCUCGCACCGGAGAACCCUCUCCCCGCCGCUUACGACGACUGCUGGGAGGUGUUGCUGUGGGUUUUCGCCGCCAUCGAUCCGUGGAUGUCGAAAUUGGGCGACUUGGAGAAAAUAUUCAUAUCCGGCGAAAGCUCGGGCGCGAACAUAGUGCAUAACAUGGGAAUGAGGCUUGGGAGGGAGAGAAAGAAGGUGGAGGGGCUGGUGAUGGUGUUUCCCCUGUUUUGGGGGAAGGAUAGAAUUGGAGACGAAGGGGCGGAGAGCGGUAAGGAGAGAUUCCUGAAAGCGGAGAAUAUCGAUCAGCUGUGGCCGUUUGCGUGUCCGGAGACAACGGGGCUUGACGACCCGCGGAUCAAUCCGGUGGCGGAGGGUGCGCCGAGCCUGGCGACUUUGGGCUGCCGGCGAGUGUUUGUGGGUGUUGCGGAGCGGGAUUUGUUGAGGGAUAGGGGGAGGCUUUACUAUGAGAAGCUGAAGGAGAGCGGGUGGGAAGGGGAGGCGGAGUUUUUGGAGUUGGAGGAUGAAGAUCAUGGUUUUAAGCCUGGGAGCUUGAAGGCAGUGGAGCUCAUGGAUCGGAUUGUCAACUUCUUCAAUGACUUGUAAUUCUGCUCUCUCUACAGAGUCUUUUCAGUUGUUAAGACAAUAAUAUCAUUGGCGCCAGAGCUAUUUGUGUUCUUCAUGUUAUAUUCUAAUUUUGCUGGGUUGAAGUAAAUUUUUGAUCUUUAUGUA